AUGGCCGCCAAGAUAAUGUAUUUAUUACUGGCCCUGGUGGCGACUUGUACCAGUUUACAAAACACUGCAGCAGAUGACAACUUUACAAGUAAAGUGGAAGAAGCUACACCACCACAAAAUAUGGUCUCUGACUCCCUGAUAAAAUCGGUGCCAUUAAUUCGAUACCAACGUUCACCUGAUUUCAACCAAAUCCAACCAACCGUUGCUCCUGGCUUUCGAGGAAACUGGCUUAGGAGGGAUGUACUUUCUGGUCAGUUCGGACACUUUCCCCAAAAUGGAUUUGUAAACCCACCGUAUCCCAAUGGUUUUAUUCAUGCUGGUCCAAACAGAUAUAACACAGGAGCACCCUUUCCAGAUAGAUUAUUUAAUCCAGGACAUGGUCAUAUGGGCAAUCUUGGUGGAUUUAGAACCAAUGGUUUUGUACCAAGAUUCCCACAGGAUGGUUUUAGGAACCCUGGACGUCCUGGCGGUUUUAUACCUAGGGCUAUACGUCCGGGUGGAUUCGUCAACCCUAUUGUUCGACGUGGGUUCGUUGGCAGUCCUUUAAAUCCAAUAGGUAUCCCGCAUCCAAGGAAUGAAGGUGGAUACGGCCCAGGUUUUAAUAACCAACAUCCUAAUAGGAAUCAACUAAAUACCAUGCAUAAUAGAGGUCCUGCUGGCGCAGAAAUGCAGAAUUUACCUGAUGGUUCAGUUGGAAUUCAUAUUUCAGCGUUUAAUGAAACUGAUGCAGGAAUUCCCCACUACGGUGGAGGUGGUGGUUACGGUGGUAGCCAGGGUGGUAGCCAAGGUGGUUACGGAGGCAACCAGGGUGGUUACGGCGGCAGUCAAGGUGGCUUCGGCGGCAACCAGGGUGGCCACGGCCAAGGAGGUUACGGCCAAAGUGGUUUUGGCCAGGGUGGUUUUGGUCAAGGAGCCCAAGGUUUCCCACAACCUGGUUCUAACAUUCCUCAAGGAGGUAUUGUAGGACCCAACGGUAGUUUUGGACCAGGUCAAGGUGGACCUCAGGGUGGAUUUGGAGGUCACAACAACAAUGGCUUCGGUUCCACUGGUGGAUUCGGAGGAUCCGGACCUAACAACGCUUAUGGAUCUGGUGGACACAGCUCUGGAAGCCAUGGUCAUGGACACCAUGGACAUCACGGAGGUUACCAAGAACAUGGAUAUUAA